UUUGUUGCAGGAGACGAGAUCCUCUACCGUGACGAGAUAGGCAAUUUGUUGAUCUACAAUGUCAGCUCGGCCGCAUCCAAGAUCCUGUUGGACUCCAGCAAUCCUGAUUUACUGUCGAGCUUCGACCACCAUUUAUCCGCCGACAGGAAGUAUUUGUUACUCGCUCUCAAUUACCAGAAGCUGUAUCGUCAUACGUACCUGGCCCAUUACAGGAUCGUGAACCUAGAGACUCUAACGGAGACGAUAUUGGCGGCGAACGAGUCGACGCCGUUGCAGCUCGCGACCUGGGCACCGCGCGGCAACGCCCUGAUCUACGUUCACCAGAACAAUAUCUACUACAGACCGGAGGCAGAGGUGGCCAAUGACUAUCAGAUAACCAACACGGGAGUGUUUGGAACUAUUUACAAUGGAGUACCGGACUGGGUGUAUGAAGAGGAAGUAUUCAGCUCGAACAAGGCGAUCUGGUUUUCUCCCAGCGGCACUAAAUUGGUUUUCGGCUAUUUCGACGACUCGAGCACUCCUAUUAUGACCAUACCAUUUUACGGAUAUCCCGGAAGCUUAACCUUCCAAUACACGUCGGCGAUACCGAUUCACUACCCUAAAAGCGGCACGACGAAUCCAACAGUCAAACUAUUUUGCGUCGAUCUCGAUAUGGUGGUGCAGGGUAACGUGACUCUGGUUGAGAUCGAACAUCCGCCGGAGCUGUCUACUUCCGAGAGGAUUCUGUCGGCAGUGGACUUCCCCACGGACAGCCUCGUAUACGCGACCUGGAUGAACCGGGUGCAGAAUAGGGCGUAUUUCCAGCUCUGCGACGUCGACAGUCUGCUGCCAAAUUGCACGAUAGCGCUCUCAUAUGGCGAGAAAAAUGGCUGGGUAGAGCAAUUCGAAGCGCCUAUAUUCAGCGAGGACGGUACGUCGUUCCUUCUGAUAUUACCGCAGAAACAGAAGAACGGCAGCAAUUGGCGACACGCUGUGCUGGUUACGAAUGCAACCAGCGGCAGGCCGACUACCACCGCCCUUACCUCCGGCUAUUUCGUCGUGACGGAGAUAGUGUCCUGGGAUCGGGAGGACUCGUAUCUAUACUACUUGGCCACCUCGGAACGCGAGUCGGCGGUUCAGCAUCUGUACAGAGUGUCGCUGCUGGAUCCGGGGCACAAGUCGGCGUGUUUGACUUGUAACGUUGUCAGGGAGAGGGACGGUAGCCGUUGUUUGUACAACAGCGCUAAAUUCUCCACUGACAAUUCGCAUUACGUGCUCACUUGCGCCGGACCCGGAGUACCCGAUAUAGCCAUCUACAAUAAGAAUACCACGUUGCUCUCCGUGUGGGAGGACAAUAAUGUAGUGACUGAUAUAAUAAUGGAAAAAUCGCAGCCGAUCGUCCAUAGAUAUAGAGUCCCAGUUCCUGGUGGUUUUAAUGCCCAGGUGAGACUCCUGAUACCACCGGGUGCUGACUUGAGCGGUGCCACCAAGUAUCCCAUGCUGGUUUACGUGUAUGGCGGCCCGGAUUCGUUUCAAGUGACGGAGAAAUUUAACAUUGAUUGGGGCACGUAUCUCGUGACAAACAAAAGUAUCAUAUACGCCGCCAUCGACGGUCGCGGCUCCGGAUUAAUGGGUAACGACAUGCUGUUCACCGGAUACCGGCGCCUCGGCACCGUCGAAAUUGUCGAUCAGAUUAACGUUACCAGGCAUCUGCAGGACAAAUUGCCCUUCAUUGACCGUACCAGAACGGCGAUAUGGGGCUGGAGUUAUGGUGGAUACGCGACCGGCAUGACGCUCGCCAUGGACUUAAAGGGUGUCUUCAAGUGCGGCAUGUCUGUCGCGCCAGUUACGGAUUGGGCCCUUUACGAUUCGAUUUAUACCGAACGGUUCAUGGGUUUACCAACCGUUUCUGAUAAUCUGCAAGGCUACGAGCAAGGCCAGCUGCUCAAUAAGGUCGAGAACAUCAAGAAUAAGAUGUACUACUUGAUUCACGGUACUCUCGACGACAACGUGCACUAUCAACAAUCGCUUAUGCUCGCGAAGGUGUUGGAGCAGAAGGACAUCCUCUUCAGACAACAGACGUACACGGACGAGGACCACGGUAUCGUUCAGUCGCGGGCGCAUUUGUAUCACUCGCUGGAGAACUUCCUGGACGAAUGCUUUCAGACGUCAUCAUGAUCGGAGCACGGGAUAGUGAUGACAAUCUAGACGCUGUACACCACCUGCCUCACACUUGUAAAUACUUUGUCACGUGUACAGAGUUUAUGUACAAUAUGUAAUAUGAGCGUUUAAAGAAUGUACAUAGCGGUGUGAGAUUGCCGAAGAAGAAUGGAAGAGACGGAGAGAAAGAGAGAGAGAGAGCGCGAAAGCGAGCGUAAGCAUAAAAUGCGAGAAGAGAUAGAAUAAUUAAUUAGGCACCAGUGUCGUCGCGAAAUUACGCAAGGCAGGUCUGUAAAAAAAAAUACAUGUUUGAUACGUUUUUUAAAGUAGCCGAUCAAACGGUGUGUCGAAGGCCUAAUAACGGCGCCGAGCCUCGUCGCCUCGCCGUUCAGACCUCACUAGAGUGUUAUUCCGUAUCGUUGCAGCUCGUACUUACAUUUUUAACCCACACGCGCAUUGUUCAAACGUUAUAUUAGCACGCAACACACAGUUAUUUCUCGGAUGGUCGAAUGAACCAAUCGACUUGACGUCAAGUUUGAGUAGCGAAAAUAUAUAUAAGACGCGAUCUUUCGUGAUUUAAUGACGAUUUUCAUUUAAAGAGUCUGCGAUUAUUUAACGAAAUUGUAUUAUUAAUUACCGCGAUUAUGAUAUAAGUUGCCACUUAUAUCAUCGAUAUUAAUAAUAGAACGAUAAUAUAAUUAAUCGGUCUAUUAAUUAAUUCAUCAAUUAAUUAAUAGAAGUUACUCAUUGUCAGUAAUCUACGCGUCCCAUUUUUUUCUUGGGAUUUACUGAAAUGACAAAAAUUACAUUUUUUGUCUCAAACUGAAUUAAUUACGAAAAUAUGUACCAUCAAUAAUUUGACCAUUUGAAAUAAUACGUUCCGUAUUUAUAUACAUUGAUUCAAUAUAUAUAAGUUAGAUUAUUUUCCUAUUACGGCAAUCGCAUUUUCUUUUUGAUGAGAUAUUAAGUUGACAUAUCAAAAUGUUUAUAUAUAUGAGUUCAGUUAUCAUCUCGAUAAAUAAGAUCUCUUAAAGUUUUAAAUAAAAUGUAAAUUAAAAUGCCGUCGCAUACACAUACAUACAUACGAUGUCUACUUUCAAAAUAAA